GCCAGCCCUGUGACGUCACACCGCAAAGCAUGCUGGGAGAGGAAAACUCCAGGAACCUGAGGGAAAGAGGAAGUUCUGCUGGAAACGUCCUGUAAAGAGGCUCUGAUGUCCGGACAGCGGGAGGGAGAGCCCCGGCAUGAGGAGGAGCAGGUUCCUGUGAUAUAGGAUUGUCCAAUGACAUCAUCAGUACCAGAUAAUGGAUGGAGACGGGGACAAGAUGGCGGAGAGGAUGUUAGAUCUCACCCUAGAGAUACUCUUCCUGCUUACUGGAGAGGAUUACUCCACGGUGAAGAAGACGUCUGGUAAUCUGAUACAUGAGAAGAACAAUGAGAAGAUCCUAGAAGUCGUCCACAAGAUGAUGGAGCUGCUGACUGGAGAGGUUCCUCUAAGGUGUCAGGAUGUCGCUGUCUAUUUCUCCAUGGAGGAGUGGGAGUAUUUAGAAGGACACAAGGGUCUGUACAAGGAGGUCAAGAUGGAGGAGGACCAGCCCCUCACAUCUCCAGAGAGAUCUAGUCAGAGGACAACACCAGAGAGAUGUCCGCGUCCUCUCCUUCCACAGGACGGUCAGAUGAUCCAGGUGUCAUAUCAGAUACAUAUGAAGAGCGUGCCAUUAUCCCAGAUGUACCUUCAGACCUUCACAGCAAAAAUCUAUCAUCUCAUCCUUUAAAACAGGUCCGAUCUUCUAAU